AUGACUUGUGAAAUAGAUGAUCAUUAUCCAGUUCAUUUGAACUUAACGUCUGUCAAAAUUAAAAUGAAUGAAUUAAUAUCAAGUAGAAAAACAAAUUCAAAAUUAUUUCAGUUUAUCUUAGAAAAAACUGAACGUUAUUGGUAUAAACAAUUUCAACAAAUGACAAAUAUCACAUGGUCAGCGAUCAAACUAUAUGAAAAUAUUCUUGUAGCAUUACAAGAAAGAUGGACGGCAUUCUUCACAUCUAAAAAAUAUAAACCAUCAUUACCACAAUAG